CUGUACCUGUGGAGCUCCAGCCAGCAAACUACAGGGCAACAUGGGCUUAAGAAGGGGGAUAGAGCUAUGGGUGCUUAUAUGGGUGAUAUCUGCUGCUAAUGCCUCUACUAUGAGUGGGUCUCAACCAGAGGUGCAGCAAAUGGGCGAAACAAAAGUUAACAUCAUCCCGGGAAUGAUGAAGCCCAUUAUAUCUGCUGUGAACCCUGCUCACAACGGCCACGUGUGCAGCACAUGGGGUAACUACCACUUCAAGAUGUUUGAUGGAGACGUGUUUAAUCUCCCCUCCACCUGCAACUACGUCCUCGCCUCGCAGUGCAAGAGCAACUACGAGGACUUCAACAUCCAGAUGAGACGAGCGGUCGUCAACGACCUGCCCACCAUCAGCACCAUAACCAUGAAGCUGGACGGGAUAGUGCUGCAAUUCACCAAGAACGCCAUCUCAGUCAACGGGAAGCAGGUUACCCUGCCUUUCAGCCAGUCUGGUGUCCUGAUUGAAAAGAUCAAUUCUUACAUCAAGGUCACGGCUAAACUCGGGCUGGUUGCCAUGUGGAACGAGGAUGAUUCUCUUGUGCUGGAAAUGGAUGCCAAAUACAUGAACCAGACGUGUGGCCUCUGUGGGGACUUCAAUGGAGUCCAGGUCUAUGAUGAGUUCAUUCAAAAUGGUAUGAAAAUAUCUCCUCUGGAUUUUGCAAACUUCUGGAAGAUGGAUAGCCCAACAGAAACAUGCAUUGAACUCACUCCUCCAUCUGAGGACAAGUGCGCCUCUGCGAGACCAUUGUGUGAGCAGAUUCUGUCCAGCCCUGCCUUCGCCACCUGCAAGGACCUGGUACCUAUAGAUGCGUUUGUCGAAGCCUGCGUUAAAGACUUGUGCCAGUGUCACAACACCACUGACCAUUUCUGCCUGUGCAGUACCAUCUCUGAAUACUCGCGGCAGUGUGUGCAUGCUGGCGGCAAACCCCAGAACUGGAGAACAGAUCAAUUCUGCAGUAAGAAAUGCUCAAUGAACAUGGAGUUCCAGGAGUGUGGGAUUCCCUGCACUGACACCUGCUCCAACCCUGACCGAGGUCACCUCUGUGAGGACCACUGCACUGAUGGCUGCUUCUGCCCAGCAGGAACUGUUUUAGAUGACAUUACCCAGAGUGGCUGUAUUCCGCUGCAAAACUGCUCCUGCAGCUACAAUGGAAAAACGUACAGUCCUGGAGAGUCUUACUCCAGUGACUGCCGGCACUGCGCCUGCAAUGGAGGACGGUGGACCUGCAAUGACCUGGACUGCCCUGGAUCCUGUUCUGUUAAGGGAGGGUCCCACGUCACCUCAUACGAUGGCCAAGACUUCACCUUCCAUGGAGACUGUUCCUAUGUCCUCUCAAAGAAUUGCCAAAACAAUGCAUUUACAGUGCUCGGUGACAUUGUCAAGUGUGGGCUGACAGACACAGAGACCUGCCUAAAGUCUGUCACCCUUGCUAUUGCCGGAAGACAAAACGUCUUCAGCAUCAAUCCAAGUGGAAGCGUUUUUGUGAACGGCAUGUUCGCUCAGCUGCCAUUGUAUACAGCCAAUGUAACCAUCUUCAGACCAUCCUCGUUCUACAUCAUUCUUCAAACCUCCUUUGACCUGGUGCUGGAGAUCCAGCUCAUUCCCAUUAUGCAGGUCUACAUCACUGCAGGUUCCUCUUACAAGGGUCUGACUUGUGGGCUCUGCGGUAAUUUUAACGAUGUCCAGGCUGAUGAUUUCAAAGUCAGCAGCGGGGUAGUGGAGGGAACGGCCUCUGCCUUUGCCAACACCUGGAAGACCCAAGCGAGCUGCCCGGAUGUGAAGGACACCUACGAUAACCCUUGCAGUCUGAGUGUUGAGAAUGAAAAAUAUGCUCAGCACUGGUGCUCCAUGCUGUUAGACCCUCAGGGUUCUUUUGCUGCCUGCCAUCCCAUGGUCAACCCUGCCACCUACAAAACAAGGUGCAUGUACGACAGCUGUAACUGUGAGAAGAGCGAGGACUGCAUGUGUGCAGCCAUCUCCUCGUACGUCCGCGCCUGCGCUGCUAAGGGGGUCCAGCUGGACGGCUGGAGAAGCAACAUCUGCACCAAGUACUCCACCUCCUGCCCUAAGACACUGACCUACAGCUACAGCAUGACCAGCUGUGAUCGCACCUGCCGCUCCCUCAGUGAGCCGGACUACACCUGCAAGGUGAAAUUUGUACCUGUGGAUGGGUGUGGGUGUGCAGAGGGGAUCUACAUGGAUGAGGGCGGCAGAUGCGUCCCACCUGCUAGCUGCCCGUGUUACAACAAGGGGUCAGUUGUGUCAGCUGGAGAGGUCAUCAACAGGGAUGGAGCAUUGUGCACUUGCAAACAAGGGAAACUGAACUGCAUUGGAGAAUCUGCACAACCAAGCUGCGCAGCACCGAUGGUCUACUUCGAUUGCAGCAAUGCUACACAAGGGGCUCGUGGAUCUGAGUGUCAGAAGAGCUGCCAGACCCUGGAUAUGGAGUGUUACAGCACAGAGUGUGCCUCUGGUUGCGUGUGCCCACAGGGUCUGCUUUCAGAUGGUAAGGGAGGCUGUGUCUCUGAGAACCAGUGUCCUUGCAUCCACAACGGAGCCUCCUACAAACCUGGAGAGACAAUCAAAGCGGACUGCAACACCUGUACCUGCAAGGAUAGAAGAUGGCAGUGCACAGAUAACCAGUGCCAGGGUACCUGUGCCAUCUACGGAGAUGGGCAUUACAUCACUUUUGAUGGGAAGAGGUUCAGCUUCAAUGGAGACUGUGAAUACACCCUCACUCAGGACUAUUGCAGCGGAAACUCAGCCAAUGGCACCUUCAGAGUGAUCACUGAGAACAUUCCGUGUGGCACCACAGGGACCACCUGCUCCAAGGCCAUCAAGCUGUUCCUCGGGAACAAUGAGCUGAUACUGUCUGAAGGACACUACCAGGUGGUCCAGAGAGACUCAGGGGAAGAUGUACCCUACAAGAUCAGCACCAUGGGAAUUUACAUGGUCAUCCAAGCCAAGAACGGAUUAAUCCUCAUGUGGGACAAGAAGACCAGCAUGUUCAUCAAACUCAGCCCCAAUUUCCAGGGUCACAUCUGUGGCCUAUGCGGUGACUACGAUGGGAAUGGACAGAAUGACUUCACCACCAGGAGCCAGGCGGUUGUUGUAAACGCCCAGGAGUUUGGAAACAGCUGGAAGGUCUCUCCCAGCUGCCCCGAUGCGAAAGUCACAAGAGACCCCUGUGUCUCCAACCCCUACCGGCAGUCCUGGGCUCAGAAGCAGUGCAGCCUCAUCAAGAGCAAAGUGUUCACGGCCUGCCACUCUCAGGUGGACCCAACUCCGUACUACGAUGCCUGCGUGAGAGACUCCUGUGCCUGUGACUCUGGGGGAGACUGCGAGUGUUUCUGCACAGCUGUGGCCUCCUAUGCUGAGGCCUGUAAUGAAGCUGGCGUGUGCGUUGCGUGGAGAAGCCCUGAGAUUUGCCCGCUGUUCUGUGAUUACUACAACCCCGCUGGCGAGUGUGAGUGGCACUACAAGCCCUGUGGAGCUCCCUGUAUGAAGACCUGCCGGAACCCCAGUGGGACGUGCUCCAGCCAGAUCCCAGGAUUGGAAGGUUGCUAUCCAAAAUGCCCACCGAACCAGCCCUAUUUAGAUGAGGAGUCAAUGAAGUGCGUUCAACAGGAAGACUGCGGUUGCUACUACAAUGAAGGAAAUCACUAUAAAAACGGAGAGGAGGUUCCCUCCACAGAGAACUGUCAAGCAUGCUCCUGUAAAUCUGUGGAAGUGCAUUGCAGCUAUGAUGUUCACAAAUGUUACUGUAGCUACCACGGGAAUAUGUAUCCAAAUGGUGCAACAAUCUACAACACCACUGAUGGCUUAGGAAGCUGUAUAACUGCUAUCUGCGGAGAAAAUGGCACCAUUCACAGAAACAUCUACAACUGCGAGACAACAGUAUCAUCAACUACUACCAUAGGAACUACAACGCAUACCCCAACAGUGUUCAGCUUCACCACCUCGCUUCCAACCACGCCAAAUGCUCCACCCUCGUCAUCUACUACAACCGCAGAAUCAACAACAAGUGGUACUACUAGCUGCCUAGAGGAAAUCUGCCAGUGGUCAGAGUGGUAUGAUGUAAGCUUCCCAACUGACAGUAACGAUGGGGACCAUGAAACAUUUGACAAGAUCAAGGAGAAAGGUCACUCUGUGUGCGCACAUCCAUUGGAAGUGCAAUGCAGAGCCCAGAAAUACCCAAAUACACCUCUAGGGGACUUAGGACAAGUAGUGCAAUGUAACAGUUCAUUUGGGCUCAAGUGCAACAACAAAGAUAAUCCAACCACAUGCUUAAACUAUGAGAUCAGUGCAUACUGCUGCAACCUUGUGAGCUGCGGUGCAACGACAAGUGUGACUAGCAACAAGUCAACCACUCGUCCCGUCACCCCAUCUACAUCUCCUGAAACAACACCUCCGACCACUCACCCAGUCACCCCAUCUACAUCCCCUGAAACCACACCUCCGACCACUCGCCCAGUCACCCCAUCUACAUCCCCUGAAACCACACCUCCGACCACUCGCCCAGUCACCCCAUCUACAUCCCCUGAAACAACACCUCCGACCACUCGCCCAGUCACCCCAUCUACAUCUCCUGAAACCACACCUCCGACCACUCGCCCAGUCACCCCAUCUACAUCUCCUGAAACCACACCUCCGACCACUCACCCAGUCACCCCAUCUACAUCUCCUGAAACAACACCUCCGACCACUCGCCCAGUCACCCCAUCUACAUCUCCUGAAACCACACCUCCGACCACUCACCCAGUCACCCCAUCUACAUCUCCUGAAACAACACCUCCGACCACUCACCCAGUCACCCCAUCUACAUCCCCUGAAACAACACCUCCGACCACUCGCCCAGUCACCCCAUCUACAUCCCCUGAAACAACACCUCCGACCACUCGCCCAGUCACCCCAUCUACAUCCCCUGAAACAACACCUCCGACCACUCGCCCAGUCAUCCCAUCUACAUCCCCUGAAACCACACCUCCGACCACUCGCCCAGUCACCCCAUCUACAUCCCCUGAAACCACACCUCCGACCACUCGCCCAGUCACCCCAUCUACAUCCCCUGAAACCACACCUCCGACCACUCGCCCAGUCACCCCAUCUACAUCCCCUGAAACCACACCUCCGACCACUCGCCCAGUCACCCCAUCUACAUCCCCUGAAACCACACCUCCGACCACUCGCCCAGUCACCCCAUCUACAUCCCCUGAAACCACACCUCCGACCACUCGCCCAGUCAUCCCAUCUACAUCCCCUGAAACCACACCUCCGACCACUCGCCCAGUCACCCCAUCUACAUCCCCUGAAACCACACCUCCGACCACUCGCCCAGUCACCCCAUCUACAUCCCCUGAAACCACACCUCCGACCACUCGCCCAGUCACCCCAUCUACAUCCCCUGAAACAACACCUCCGACCACUCGCCCAGUCAUCCCAUCUACAUCCCCUGAAACAACACCUCCGACCACUCGCCCAGUCAUCCCAUCUACAUCUCCUGAAACAACACCUCCGACCACUCGCCCAGUCACCCCAUCUACAUCCCCUGAAACAACACCUCCGACCACUCGCCCAGUCACCCCAUCUACAUCUCCUGAAACAACACCUCCGACCACUCGCCCAGUCACCCCAUCUACAUCCCCUGAAACCACACCUCCGACCACUCGCCCAGUCACCCCAUCUACAUCCCCUGAAACAACACCUCCGACCACUCGCCCAGUCACCCCAUCUACAUCCCCUGAAACAACACCUCCGACCACUCGCCCAGUCACCCCAUCUACAUCUCCUGAAACAACACCUCCGACCACUCGCCCAGUCAUCCCAUCUACAUCUCCUGAAACAACACCUCCGACCACUCGCCCAGUCAUCCCAUCUACAUCUCCUGAAACAACACCUCCGACCAUUUCAACUGAAGUUCCCCACACCACAAGCCCUACAACCACCUGCAGGCGUCCCUGUAAAUGGUCCCAGUGGUUUGAUACCAAUUUCCCAACUCUGGGUACGGCAGGUGGAGACUCAGAAACCUAUGACAAGAUCGUAGCAGCUGGGGGAAAGAUAUGCGAAAAGCCAAGCAGAACUGAGUGCAGGGCAGAGAAGUAUCCCGAAAAAAUAAUUGAGGACGUUGGUCAAGUUGUGACAUGUGAUAUCGCUACAGGACUAACAUGUAAAAAUGAAGAUCAAAUAGAUAUUUUUCCACUAUGCUACAACUAUCAGAUAAGGUUUCUCUGUUGUGAUGCUUAUCAUUGUGAAACGACAACAGAGCCAACGACCAGUACAUCUGUACCUACAACAGCAGUAUCCUCAACCUUUACAAGCCCCACGCCUCCCAUAACAACUACAGGAACGUCAACCCCAACAAAACCAACCACACCACCCAAGGCAUCAACAUCUUCCCCAGUAUCCAAACCUCAUACCACCACAGAAACUUCAUCAACAACAGCAGCGACGACAACCAGCACUGAAAAGACAAACUCGCCCACCACAGAAACUUCAUCAACCACAGCAGUGACAACAACCAGCACUGAAAAGACAACCUUGCCCACCACUGAAACUUCAUCAACCACAGCAGUGACAACAACCAGCACUGAAAAGACAACCUUGCCCACCACAGAAACUUCAUCAACCACAACAAUCACUACUUCUUGUAUGGUAUGUAAGUGGUCAGAAUGGAAAAAUGUGGAUUAUCCUAGACCUGGACCAGGCAAAGGGGACUAUGAAACUAUUAAAAAUCUCACAGCUUCUGAUCCAAAUAUUUGUGAAAAACCUGAUGCUAUUGAAUGCAGAGCAUCACAUUUCAAAGAUUAUAGUUUAGAAGAUGUGGGACAAAAAGUCGAAUGCAGUCCUUCUGUUGGACUUGUUUGUAAAAACGAGGAUCAGGUACCACCGGUCUGCUACGACUAUGAAGUCAGAGUUAAAUGCUGCAUCAACAGAUGCACAUCUACACCAAACACUGAAACAACCAGUCCCUUUAUAAUCACCUUUACCACAUCAACACCGGUAACUGGACCAGUCAUACCUCAGAGCACUACCACAACACCAGUAACGGUUACAGAAACUGCAACCACUGAAUCCACUAACCCGACACCUGGCUCUUCAACAACUUCAGAAACAACAACCACUUCCACUUCUGAAAGCACCACUGAAUCAACAACAUCUGCAACUCCAGUGACAACUACAACAGCUUCUACAACAAGUAGCACUGCUACAACCGAAAGCAGCACCUACAAAUCAACAACUACAGGAAAGUCAACCACAACAAAAUCAACUCUACCACCCAAGACAUCAACAUCUUCCCCAGUGCCCAAACCUCAUACCACCACAGAAACUUCAUCAACCACAGCAGUGACGACAACAAGCACUGAAAAGACAACCUUGCCCACCACUGAAAGCACCAUUUCAACAACAGAAACUGCAACCACUGAAUCAACUCUACCAUCCACUACCCCGACACCAGGCUCUACAACAACUUCAGAAGCAACAACCACUUCCACUUCUGAAAGCACCACUGAAUCAACAACAUCUGCAACUCCAGUGACCACUACAACAGCUUCUACAACAAGUAGCACUGUUACAACCGAAAGCAGCACCUACAAAUCAACAACUACAGGAAAGUCAACCACAACAAAAUCAACUCUACCACCCAAGACAUCAACAUCUUCCCCAGUGCCCAAACCUCAUACCACCACAGAAACUUCAUCAACCACAGCAGCGAUGACAACAAGCACUGAAAAGACAACCUCGCCCACCACAGAAAGCACCAUUUCAACAACAGAAACUGCAACCACUGAAUCAACUCUACCAUCCACUACCCUGACACCAAGCUCUACAACAACUUCAGAAGCAACAACCACUUCCACUUCUGAAAGCACCACUGAAUCAGCAACAUCUGCAACUCCAGUGACCACUACAACAGCUUCUACUACAAGUAGCACUGUUACAACCGAAAGCAGCACCUACAAAUCAACAACUACAGGAAAGCCAACCACAACAAAAUCAACUCUACCACCCAAGACAUCAACAUCUUCCCCAGUGCCCAAACCUCAUACCACCACAGAAACUUCAUCAACCACAGCAGUGACGACAACAAGCACUGAAAAGACAACCUCGCCCACCACUGAAAGCACCAUUUCAACAACAGAAACUCCAACCACUGAAUCAACUCUAUCAUCCACUACCCCGACACCAAGCUCUACAACAACUUCAGAAGCAACAACCACUUCCACUUCUGAAAGCACCACUGAAUCAACAACAUCUGCAACUCCAGUGACAACUACAACAGCUUCUACAACAAGUAGCACUGCUACAACCGAAAGCAGCACCUACAAAUCAACAACUACAGGAAAGCCAACCACAACAAAAUCAACUCUACCACCCAAGACAUCAACAUCUUCCCCAGUGCCCAAACCUCAUACCACCACAGAAACUUCAUCAACCACAGCAGAGACGACAACAAGCACUGAAAAGACAACCUCGCCCACCACUGAAAGCACCAUUUCAACAACAGAAACUCCAACCACUGAAUCAACUCUAUCAUCCACUACCCCGACACCAAGCUCUACAACAACUUCAGAAGCAACUACCACUUCCACUUCUGAAAGCACCACUGAAUCAACAACAUCUGCAUCUCCAGUGACAACUACAACAGCUUCUACAACAAGUAGCACUGUUACAACCGAAAACAGCACCUACAAAUCAACAACUACAGGAAAGCCAACCACAACAAAAUCAACUCUACCACCCAAGACAUCAACAUCUUCCCCAGUGCCCAAACCUCAUACCACCACAGAAACUUCAUCAACCACAGCAGUGACGACAACAAGCACUGAAAAGACAACCUCGCCCACCACUGAAAGCACCAUUUCAACAACAGAAACUGCAACCACUGAAUCAACUCUACCAUCCACUACCCCAACACCAAGCUCUACAACAACUUCAGAAGCAACAACCACUUCCACUUCUGAAAGCACCACUGAAUCAACAACAUCUGCAACUCCAGUGACAACUACAACAGCUUCUACAACAAGUAGCACUGCUACAACCGAAAGCAGCACCUACAAAUCAACAACUACAGGAAAGCCAACCACAACAAAAUCAACUCUACCACCCAAGACAUCAACAUCUUCCCCAGUGCCCAAACCUCAUACCACCACAGAAACUUCAUCAACCACAGCAGAGACGACAACAAGCACUGAAAAGACAACCUCGCCCACCACUGAAAGCACCAUUUCAACAACAGAAACUCCAACCACUGAAUCAACUCUAUCAUCCACUACCCCGACACCAAGCUCUACAACAACUUCAGAAGCAACAACCACUUCCACUUCUGAAAGCACCACUGAAUCAACAACAUCUGCAACUCCAGUGACAACUACAACAGCUUCUACAACAAGUAGCACUGCUACAACCGAAAGCAGCACCUACAAAUCAACAACUACAGGAAAGCCAACCACAACAAAAUCAACUCUACCACCCAAGACAUCAACAUCUUCCCCAGUGCCCAAACCUCAUACCACCACAGAAACUUCAUCAACCACAGCAGUGACGACAACAAGCACUGAAAAGACAACCUCGCCCACCACUGAAAGCACCAUUUCAACAACAGAAACUCCAACCACUGAAUCAACUCUAUCAUCCACUACCCCGACACCAAGCUCUACAACAACUUCAGAAGCAACUACCACUUCCACUUCUGAAAGCACCACUGAAUCAACAACAUCUGCAUCUCCAGUGACAACUACAACAGCUUCUACAACAAGUAGCACUGUUACAACCGAAAACAGCACCUACAAAUCAACAACUACAGGAAAGCCAACCACAACAAAAUCAACUCUACCACCCAAGACAUCAACAUCUUCCCCAGUGCCCAAACCUCAUACCACCACAGAAACUUCAUCAACCACAACAAUCACUACUUCUUGUAUGGUAUGUAAGUGGUCAGAAUGGAAAAAUGUGGAUUAUCCUAGACCUGGACCAGGCAAAGGGGACUAUGAAACUAUUAAAAAUCUCACAGCUUCUGAUCCAAAUAUUUGUGAAAAACCUGAUGCUAUUGAAUGCAGAGCAUCACAUUUCAAAGAUUAUAGUUUAGAAGAUGUGGGACAAAAAGUCGAAUGCAGUCCUUCUGUUGGACUUGUUUGUAAAAACGAGGAUCAGGUACCACCGGUCUGCUACGACUAUGAAGUCAGAGUUAAAUGCUGCAUCAACAGAUGCACAUCAACAGAAACAUCUACACCAAACACUGAAACAACCAGUCCCUUUAUAAUCACCUUUACCACAUCAACACCGGUAACUGGACCAGUCAUACCUCAGAGCACUACCACAACACCAGUAACGGUUACAGAAACUGCAACCACUGAAUCCACUAACCCGACACCUGGCUCUUCAACAACUUCAGAAACAACAACCACUUCAACUUCUGAAAGCACCACUGAAUCAACAACAUCUGCAUCUCCAGUGACAACUACAACAGCUUCUACAACAAGUAGCACUGCUACAACCGAAAGCAGCACCUACAAAUCAACAACUACAGGAAAGCCAACCACAACAAAAUCAACUCUACCACCCAAGACAUCAACAUCUUCCCCAGUGCCCAAACCUCAUACCACCACAGAAACUUCAUCAACCACAGCAGUGACGACAACAAGCACUGAAAAGACAACCUCGCCCACCACUGAAAGCACCAUUUCAACAACAGAAACUGCAACCACUGAAUCAGCUCUACCAUCCACUACCCCAACACCAAGCUCUACAACAACUUCAGAAGCAACAACCACUUCCACUUCUGAAAGCACCACUGAAUCAACAACAUCUGCAACUCCAGUGACAACUACAACAGCUUCUACAACAAGUAGCACUGUUACAACCGAAAACAGCACCUACAAAUCAACAACUACAGGAAAGCCAACCACAACAAAAUCAACUCUACCACCCAAGACAUCAACAUCUUCCCCAGUGCCCAAACCUCAUACCACCACAGAAACUUCAUCAACCACAACAAUCACUACUUCUUGUAUGGUAUGUAAGUGGUCAGAAUGGAAAAAUGUGGAUUAUCCUAGACCUGGACCAGGCAAAGGGGACUAUGAAACUAUUAAAAAUCUCACAGCUUCUGAUCCAAAUAUUUGUGAAAAACCUGAUGCUAUUGAAUGCAGAGCAUCACAUUUCAAAGAUUAUAGUUUAGAAGAUGUGGGACAAAAAGUCGAAUGCAGUCCUUCUGUUGGACUUGUUUGUAAAAACGAGGAUCAGGUACCACCGGUCUGCUACGACUAUGAAGUCAGAGUUAAAUGCUGCAUCAACAGAUGCACAUCAACAGAAACAUCUACACCAAACACUGAAACAACCAGUCCCUUUAUAAUCACCUUUACCACAUCAACACCGGUAACUGGACCAGUCAUACCUCAGAGCACUACCACAACACCAGUAACGGUUACAGAAACUGCAACCACUGAAUCCACUAACCCGACACCUGGCUCUUCAACAACUUCAGAAACAACAACCACUUCAACUUCUGAAAGCACCACUGAAUCAACAACAUCUGCAUCUCCAGUGACAACUACAACAGCUUCUACAACAAGUAGCACUGCUACAACCGAAAGCAGCACCUACAAAUCAACAACUACAGGAAAGCCAACCACAAAAAAAUCAACUCUACCACCCAAGACAUCAACAUCUUCCCCAGUGCCCAAACCUCAUACCACCACAGAAACUUCAUCAACCACAGCAGUGACGACAACAAGCACUGAAAAGACAACCUCGCCCACCACUGAAAGCACCAUUUCAACAACAGAAACUGCAACCACUGAAUCAGCUCUACCAUCCACUACCCCAACACCAAGCUCUACAACAACUUCAGAAGCAACAACCACUUCCACUUCUGAAAGCACCACUGAAUCAACAACAUCUGCAACUCCAGUGACAACUACAACAGCUUCUACAACAAGUAGCACUGCUACAACCGAAAGCAGCACCUACAAAUCAACAACUACAGGAAAGUCAACCACAACAAAAUCAACUCUACCACCCAAGACAUCAACAUCUUCCCCAGUGCCCAAACCUCAUACCACCACAGAAACUUCAUCAACCACAGCAGAGACGACAACAAGCACUGAAAAGACAACCUCGCCCACCACUGAAAGCACCAUUUCAACAACAGAAACUGCAACCACUGAAUCAACUCUACCAUCCACUACCCCAACACCAAGCUCUACAACAACUUCAGAAGCAACAACCACUUCCACUUCUGAAAGCACCACUGAAUCAACAACAUCUGCAUCUCCAGUGACAACUACAACAGCUUCUACAACAAGUAGCACUGCUACAACCGAAAGCAGCACCUACAAAUCAACAACUACAGGAAAGCCAACCACAACAAAAUCAACUCUACCACCCAAGACAUCAACAUCUUCCCCAGUGCCCAAACCUCAUACCACCACAGAAACUUCAUCAACCACAGUAGCGACGACAACAAGCACUGAAAAGACAACCUCGCCCACCACUGAAAGCACCAUUUCAACAACAGAAACUGCAACCACUGAAUCAACUCUACCAUCCACUACCCCAACACCAAGCUCUACAACAACUUCAGAAGCAACAACCACUUCCACUUCUGAAAGCACCACUGAAUCAACAACAUCUGCAUCUCCAGUGACAACUACAACAGCUUCUACAACAAGUAGCACUGCUACAACCGAAAGCAGCACCUACAAAUCAACAACUACAGGAAAGCCAACCACAACAACAUCAACUCUACCACCCAAGACAUCAACAACACCGUCUCCUACGACCCCAGAAACAACGCCUGGAACAACUCCUCUUUCUCCCACUACCACAGAGUCUACCUCCACUAAAACCUCCAGACCCACACCAACGUCCACAGAACCAAUUUCUACAAGCUCAUCCUGGACCGAGUGCACCUGCAAUGUCAAUGGAACAAGAUAUGCACCUGGCGACAACAUAUACAACUACACGGAUAAUGGCGGAUGGUGCUACACAGCUUUCUGUAAUGAUAAAUGUGAGCUUGAGAAAUAUGUCAUGGAAUGCCAUUCUACUACUGUGCCAUCCAGUACUCCAACAACCACAAAGUCAACCACAAAGCCAACCACCAGUAAGAAAACAACACCACAUUCAAGAGAAACGCCUGCAACUGUACCAGAAACCACACCUCAAGGUUGCGAUCACCUUACCCCUCCCAGAAAGUACCAUGAGACUUGGAAGAUUGAUAAAUGCACAACAGCAACAUGCAAAGGAGGCUCCACAGUCAAUAUAGAGCCUGUGCCAUGCAAGGCUGUGGAACCCAUUGAAUGUGUAAAUGGCCUCCCGCCACUUAAGGUGUAUGAUGAAUCUGGAUGCUGCUACCAGUAUGAAUGUCAAUGCACCUGUUAUGGAUGGGGAGAUCCUCACUACGUCACCUUUGACGGAACAGCCUACGACUUCCAAGGAGACUGCACAUACGUUCUUGUGAAGCAGAUCACACCUAAAUACAACAAUUUUAGUGUCAUUGUAGAAAACUACCUGUGUAAUGCUACAGAUGGCCUCUCCUGCCCGCGAUCCCUCACUGUGUAUUACAAGAAGCACGAGGUGUUCAUGACACAGGAGUUGGUCAAUGGAAAGAAAAAGAACAUGAUUAAGUUCGAUAACAAACAAAUCACCCCAGCCUUUUCAAGAGAUGGCAUCCAGAUCUCAAGCACAGGAAUUGACAUGAGUGUGGAGAUCCCUGAGAUCAACGCUCACGUGUCCUUCAGAGGCCUGAUGUUCGUCAUCACCCUGCCCUACUCACUCUUCCAUGGCAACACAGAAGGACAGUGUGGAAUCUGUGACAACAACAAGACAAAUGAUUGCAGCGGACCCAACCAGGUUGUUGAAUCCUGCUCCGAUUCAGCCCACGACUGGCGUAUCAACAAAACGGGCUGCAGUAAACCAACUCCUCCACCAACUGUAAGACCCAGUACAACAGCCAAGACACCAUCCAAGCCUCCAUCUCCUGCUUCAUCCACGCCUCCAUCCCCUGUCUGCAAAGCUUCUAUUUGCGAGAUUAUCUACAGCAAAGUCUUUGAAGCAUGCAAUGAAAAAAUCCCAGCCCAGCCAUUCUACGAGGCCUGUUAUUUUGAUGUUUGCCACAUGCCAGGCACCAGGAUUGGCUGCUCUAGUUUGGAAGUGUACGCCUCCAUGUGCGAGGCUGCAGGAGUCUGCAUGGAUUGGAGGAAAUAUACUAAUGGGAAAUGCAAUUACUCCUGCCCACCAACAAAGGAGUACCGUGCAUGCGGACCAGAUGUGCAGCCUACUUGUAACUCCAAGUACAAUGAAAAAUACAUCGACCAAAACCCAUCCAACAGCAGCGGGUUCACCGAAGGCUGCUUCUGUCCAAAUGGGACCACCCUGUUCAACUCCGUCAGCGAUGUCUGUGUCUCCUCCUGUGGUUGCACUGGUGCUGAUGGCAUGCCCAAAAAGCCUGGCGAGACGUGGCAGAGUAACUGCCAGGACUGUGUCUGUGACAGAGACUCGAUGAGUGUCCAAUGCAAGCCCCACGUGUGCACAGAAGAGUCGCCUGUGACUUGCUCCAAGGAGGGACAGGAGCGAGUGACCGAGAUAGACAGCCAGUGCUGCAACAAGACCCUCUGCAAAUGCAAUGUGGACCUCUGCCCGAAAACACAGCAGAGCUGUGACCCAGGGUUCAAGCUAGAGAUCAGUCCCCCGGAGGAUGGCUGCUGUCUAAAACAUACGUGCUUGCCUAAGGAUGUCUGCGUGUUCAACAACACGGAAUAUCAGACUGGAUCCAAUGUUCCUAAGGACAUGUGUGAAACGUGCCAGUGCAGCUACCGAAUCGACCCAGCCACCCAACUGCAAAUCAUUGACUGUGUGCCAAUAUCCUGUGACACCGAAUGCCAGAUUGGCUUCAGGUAUGAGGCAAUCCCCGGUAGGUGCUGUGGAGAGUGUGUCCAGAAGGAAUGUGUCGUCAUGCUGCCAGACCAAACAGCUCAUGUGAUCCAGCCUGGACAAGUCUGGACAAGCCCCGAUAACAACUGCACCAAAUACAAGUGUGACAAGAAUAAAGACCAGCUAGGACUAACUGAGAUCAACAUCUUCUGUCCUCCAUUCAACGCCGAAGACUGCAUCCCGGGCACUUUGACACCUGACCCAGAUAGCUGUUGCCUUCAGUGUAUACCGAAGCCUAAUAACAAAUGCAACAUUGAGAAACAAAAAACUAAAAUUGUUAGCAACGGGUGCCACUCUAAUUCUGCUGUGGAGCUGACAUCAUGCGGAGGGUCAUGCGGAACAUAUUCCAUGUAUUCAUCGGAAUCGAACUCCAUGAUGCACUCCUGCACCUGCUGCAGGGAGACGAAGACCAGCGAGAAGACGAUCACUCUGUCGUGCCCUGACAGCACCACCGUCGACUACUCCUACAUCUACGUGGAGGAGUGCGGCUGCCAGAACACGGAGUGCGUGGACAACAACACCACCAGCGUGCCACCCAGAGGGCAAGAGGUCACGGAAGACCUGAGAGCUCGUCGCAGGAGGAAGUAAUCGUGCAUGGAGCAUCCCGACACUCCUGCAUGAUCAUUCGGAUUUAAUCCGACCUCUUUUAUCUCUUUAUGCACAGCAUUUCAAAUCAUUUACGUGAUAGCUUGCAAACUACAGCUGAUGCGCACAUUGCUUUCCUAAAGAUGACUCAUCUUUUUCUUUUUUUCCUUCCUACAGCAGCUCAGUAACAACACCUGCCAUCUCUCUGGUGUGAUAGAAAAGCUACUUCUAUUUAGUAGGACUAGGCAUGCAAAUCAAACAUCAAAGCAACACUGACAAUGCAUUCAUACACAUUCAGUGUGGCUGCUUCCCUCACAGCUCACCGGCACCACACCACAUUUAUACCAAAGUACACAAAAUCCAAUUUUUUUAAAUAUAUAUUUAAAUAGAUAUUUGUGACUCCGGGCACUUAAUUAAAGAUGAAGGACAAAUGCAUGAACUAAUUAAUAAUUCUGAUGUGAAGAAUUAACAUAUGGACCCUAAAACAUAAUUUGAUGUUUUUUUGUUUUGUUUUGUAUUUUCUUGUGUGUGUGUGAUCAUGGGUAAAGCCUUUUACUGACUGUAUCUUGUUCAAGUGUCUUCUUGUGAAAUGUUUGUUCUAAUAAACUUUAGCACUUUGCA